AUGGCUUUCAUUUCUGCUACAUGUCCCGAUUCCAGCUUCUUCUUGGAGUACAAAGAUGAAAAUGGUCUGAGAAAAUCUUGCAUGGCGAGUCAUAGAGUUGGAGAGACUGCUACUGGUUUAUCAGAAUCAGGGCCUUCAAAUCACCAUGUUCCUUAUGCUGUUCUUCAUGGGAUGAAUGCUCCGUCAACCAGUUUUCUCAAUCAAGAAGGAUCUGCCUUUGAUUUUGGAGAGCUGGAAGAAGCAAUUGCGCGGCAAGUUAGAAAUGAUGAAGCUCAAGCACCUUUAUUCACAGGCAGGCCUGCUGCUACUCUGGAAAUGUUCCCUUCUUGGCCAAUGAGAUUCCACCAAACCCCAAGGGGAAGUUCAAAGUCAGGAGGGGAAAGCACAGACUCAGGAUCACAAGUGAACACUCUCACAAGCAAGGGAGAGGGUGGCCAGUUGGAGCCAGAAUCUCCAAUCAGUAAAAAGGCAUCUUCCUCAGAUCACCAACAGGCUUUUGAUCAGAAGCAUCUACAGUUUCAACAGCAGCAACAAUUGCAGGCUCAAGACAUGGCAAUAAGUGACAGCUCAAGAGGAGGAGCAGUAGGAGUAGGAGCUUCGCAAAGUCAAUCAGCUGCCAAACCAUCCCAGGAAAAGAGGAAGGGAGUUGGUUCUACAUCAGAGAAUAAACAACUUGAUGCUAAGACAUUGAGACGUCUAGCUCAAAACAGAGAGGCUGCAAGAAAAAGCCGUCUCAGAAAAAAGGCUUAUGUGCAACAGCUAGAGACAAGCAGGAUAAAGCUUACCCAGCUAGAACAAGACCUUCAAAGAGCGCGCGCUCAGGGGUUGUUCUUGGGUGGUUGUGGUGGUGGUCUUGGCAAUAUCAGCUCAGGUGCUGCAAUAUUUGACAUGGAAUAUGCAAGAUGGCUAGAAGACGACCACCGGCACAUGUCGGAGCUCCGAACAGGGUUGCAGGCACAUUUAUCCGACAGCGAUCUUCGCGUAAUUGUGGAUGGAUACAUUUCACACUAUGAUGAAAUUUUCCAGCUGAAGGGAGUGGCUGCUAAAUCUGAUGUGUUCCACCUCAUUACUGGAAUGUGGACUACCCCAGCUGAGCGUUGCUUCCUCUGGAUGGGUGGUUUUAGACCCUCUGAGCUCAUCAAGAUGUUAACAGCACAGUUAGACCCACUAACAGAACAGCAAUUCAUGGGGAUAUAUAGCCUCCAGCAGUCCUCGCAACAAGCAGAAGAGGCACUUACUCAAGGUCUAGAGCAGCUUCAUCAGUCUCUGGUUGACACCAUUGCCGGUGGGCCAGUCAUCGACGGCAUGCAACAGAUGGCCGUGGCUUUGGGCAAGCUCACUAAUCUUGAAGGCUUCGUUCGCCAGGCUGAUAAUUUGAGACAACAAACCCUUCAUCAAUUGCGCCGGAUUUUGACAGUUCGCCAGGCAGCUCGAUGUUUUCUUGUAAUCGGAGAGUACUAUGGACGAUUACGAGCACUUAGUUCUCUUUGGGCAUCUCGACCGCGAGAGAGCAUGAUCAGCGAUGACAACUCGUGCCAAACAACAACAGACUUGCAAAUGGUUCAACCUUCGCAGAAUCACUUCGCAUCCUUCUGA